GAGUAGUGUGCGAUUUGGUAGAGAUAGGACGGAAGUGAAACCAAGUGGACUCUUACACUCAACGCCACCUAGCGGCCGUUGUGGCUUGUGGCGUCUGCUCUGUUGACUACCCGGCCGCUGAUACAUGUGUCGUGAACGCAUGAACGUGAACACCAUCAGAAAAUAAUCUUCGAUCGUUAAGCAAGUAGUAAUAAUAAUAAUAAUUAGAUUAACGUUUUGGUAAUUGAAGAUAAAUAUUUCUAAUAGUUACAUAACUAGUAGAAUGCUGUGCAUUAAAGGCUGAGUGUGUCUCUCAAUUUAUGUGAACUGAAAUAAAUUGAAAAGUUUAUAAUAAUCUAAAAGUUCUACUUUGACUUCCGAUUGUGAAUAAAACCUAAUCUUAACCCUUAUACUACUUUGUCUUUAUGCACGACCCAUCCGUAAAAGGGUGAAUUCAAAGAUGUCAAUUAAAUGUACUAAUCACCUAUUCUUAUCCCUUACACUUUGUCUUUACUCACGAUCCAUAAAAGGGUGAAUUCAUUGAUCUCAAUUAAAAGUAAUACUCAAUGACAACCGUAAAGUUUAGGUCAUUCUAAACAAAAAUUAACAACUGUAAAUCAGUUAGUCUGAUUGGACUUGUGUUGAUUGUGAGUACAAGCUACUUCUAAUUCUUUCUUGAUUGUGUUUGUUCACUAUUUAUAAAAGGGUGAAUUCAUUGAUGUGAACUAAGUAAAACCAAUGUUAUCAGAAUUCAAUUUAAUUUCUGUUUGUUCAUGAUUGAUAAAAGGGUGAAUUCACUGACGUCAAUUAAGAUUGAUAUUGCAUGCUGCAGAAAAUUUAAUGCAUUCAAUCAAAAACAGACAACUGAAAAUCAAGUCUUACAUAUAUCGUAUGUUUUGGUUCCUGAAGAUCCUUCACAAAAAUAAGGCUACUAAAAUUCAUUGUAAGUUUUGUUUUUUCAUUAUUGAUAAAAGGGUGAAUUCAUUGAUGCAAAUUAAAAUUCAGAAUGCAACACAAACUUUAAUUGAAUUACUGAAUGCUAGAUAUCGUUGAUAAACGUAAUCGAAAAACAAAACCUAUAGCAUAACAACAAACCACGUUGAAUGUCACCUGUCAGCUUGUCACUGCAUAGAGGGGCAAUUUAUACUGAAUGAAUUGAACUGUCACGAAUUUGAAUAUGGUUCUAUCUGUGACAAUGCCUUUAUUGCGCAAAUUAUCGUUUGCUACCUGCCAUUUUGAUAACAACUGAAGAAGUUCAAAAUCAAACGCUGUAUGAAUUUCUACUAAUUCCCAACAAACUGAUGUGUAUGUAAUGAAUUGCCAUUUUGACAAACUUCUCAGUAAUGACACAACAAAGUUUACAGUUGUUUUUAUUUAAACAGUCUCCUACCAGUGCCUCCAAAAGGGCAGGCUGUUGCGGGCUCAACGCAUCAUGCUCGCAGGUGAAAGAGCCCGCAAGAGCCCGCAAGGUAGAUUGACAAGCCCGCACGAGCCCGCACAGUUUUUCAAGUCUAAAAUUUUCAUAUUAUUUCUAAUUAAAUUGAUUUUUUGCCUUGACAGAUCUUUCUAUUGGAUGCCAUUCUUUAGAUAUGUCGAGACUCGUCCGGCUCCGGCUUUUGACAGUUGACAGAGUGUGCAGCGUGCAGCACGCGGGAAUGGCCGCUAGGUGGCGUUGAGUGUAAGAGUCCACUUGGUUUCACUUCCGUCCUAUCUCUACCAAAUCGCACACUAGCGGCGGAGGGUCCGUGUCUGGCUGCAGACGCCCACUCGGCGUUUCCAGCAGGCGGUGUGCGAUAUGUUGUCCCGAGUCGCCGUGUUUGUCGCGUUGACCGUUUGACGGCCCGGACGCCCUGGGGCCGCCCCCCGUGCUCUGGACGGCGUCGGGAGUCGCGCUGCGUGUCGUGUCAUCCGGGGCCGGGAGAUCGCGCGGGGGUCGCGGAGGGCGGCGUCGUGCUCGGCGUCGUGUGCUGCGAGCGGCGGGCGCACGUAGCGGCGAGCACGGCCAGGGCACCGCCAGGGACCGCCAGGGUCCGCCAGGGUCCGCCGGGGCACCGCCCCCGCCCGGAGGCGGAGCGCGGCGCGGGGGGCGGACCCGCGGGGGUGCAGCCGCGGCGGCACCCGGGCCUCCUAACCUCGCCAUGGGGCGCCAGGGUGGGCGGGUGCGCUCGGGUCGCGGUGGUGGCGGCGGCGGCCCGCGGCCACGGCGACCAAGUGCGUGAGGCUCGCGGGUCGGUCCCGGGGGUGGAGGCGCGCGGCGCGGCUCGCCCUCCCUGCUCCACUCCUCGCAGUGGUCCGUCGUCUCCGGCCAGCAGGGUGAUAAACUGUGGAGAAAAUGGACCCACAAUUUAAUGACCUGCCGGACCACAUGUCCAUGGCGUCCGAUGACAGCAUGAUCGACGACGUGUUCGAGUCCGCGGAGGACGCGCAGCGCGGGGGCGCCUCCCAGUACGGCUACCCGGGCUACCAGCCGCCGCCGCUGCAGCACGCGCCGCACAACCAGCCGCAGCCGGCCCCGCAGGCCGGCGCCGCCGCGGCCCAGGACGGCGACAGGCCCAACCUCAACCCCUCGCCCACCGGCUACCGGGACUACCAGCCGCCGGCCGAGGCGCUCAGCCAGUACGACCGACAGCGCCUGGAGGAGCUCGAGCUCAUCGUGCACAAGACCAUUCUACUCGGGGACAGCGGCGUGGGCAAGACUUCCCUCCUCGUUCAAUUCGACACGGGCAAGUUCAACACGGGGACCUUCUCAGCCACAGUCGGCAUCGGCUUCACGGUAAGAGCGCUGCUAUCGCGACCACGCAGAGAAAUUUUAUGUAAACUAUAUUUUGCAUAGCAAGGCAAAAAACCUGAGCAUACAUGUCCUUACGUAAAAUUUAAUCCAUGAAAACAUGAUAGGGCCUACCAUCACGAUGAAAAUGGUAAAAUCGGGUAAAAUAUUACAUAUUCAAGUAAAAUAAAACAAACAGAACUUGAUUGUACGUUGUAAUUUUACGUGUGAUAUAUGCAUGCUCUCGGAUUUGCACAUGAGCUAUGUACAAAUAAUAGAGUACAUAAAGAAUCUGCAGUGUGCAGGCUUGCACAGUGUUCCUCCGCAUCAUCCCUCAGUCAGCGCGGAACUACCACACGGUGCGGGCCGCGCCGACAGCAGCACACAUGACCCGCUCGCUGGAGGCGCACUAGAGAGGGAGUUAAUUGAAAACUGAAAGAGCCGGAAAAGAGCAGACACUCGGACCGCGUGCGAUUCCUUUUCUCUCUUUUUUUCUCCUGGUGUCAUUCGAUGCACACAGUAUAUACGCGGCGCGGGGUCUGCUGUCAGUGUGCGCAGCUGGCAUGUGGCGGCGGCGCCCAGUCGGCACCCCGAGUGCGAAAACAGAGUCGUCGUUGUCGUCGUCUCGAGGACGAAAAACGAAGAAGAGAAAAAAAUAAAAUGAAAUAAAAUAAUCCGCCGCGAGGGCGCGAGCGGGAAGUUUUUAAUUAAUCUGAUGCCUCGUUACGAAGGCGCGGUGCGUCUGUGCCGCACAAUGACGGCCUCGUUGAGCCCGGCGGGGCCCGCCCUCGCGCGCGCCCGCCCGAGGAGCGUGACGGAUUCAGCCGGAUCAUCCCCUAUUCCACCCCCACCCCUUGCUUCCGGUGCCGCGCCGCACCGCGCCUCGAGAAAAGAGAAAAAGUCCAUAGCCUACAUAACCCUCUGAGAUUCAUCACGCGUCAAAUUAAUUCACCAAAGUCCGACCUCCUUCCCGAUCCAAUAAUUACCAUUCCAUGGCAUUCAGUCGCAUCUAGUAGUGUUUAGAGUGAUUAAAAUCACCACGCUGGUAUAUCUUUGUUAUUGACAUGCCCGAGCAACACGCAUAAUUAUGCUGUGAUCGAGUAAAAAAAAGUUUUCAUUAUUACUGGCGAGGAGAUAAUAACUUACUCGUAGGCUACGCCGACCCGCGAGUCAUGUGUGAUAGAGGGUAGCGUAAAAAAAAAAAGGAUUUGAGAUAUUGAAAUGGCGGGUAUGCGGAAAAGUUGUCUUUUUAGAUGUAGAAUCCAGUGCAAUUUUUUAUUUUGAGAUCGGACAAUAUUUUCCGAUCGCGCAACGAGCUAAGUUAUGCAUCAGCUC